AUGGCUGGCAACAGCAGCAGCCACGGAGAUACAAUCCAGCCCAGGAAAAGCCAUGAGAAGCUCAAAUCCCAGCAGCGGCGAUGUGACAACAGCGCUGAGAGGAGCGUGAAUGAGCGGGAGAGAGAGCGGGACAAUGUGGGGGAGACAGGCAAAGAUAAAGAACUCGCAGACAUAAAACUCAGGAAUAGGCUGCGAGUGCGGAAGGGAAUGCGUCGCGAUUCAUUCGAAAAUGCCCAAGGUAGCUACAUGUCCAAUGAUAGUCCACGCCAACAACUCAAUUACCUCCUUAAAAAGAGGAAUGAUGUAGACACACUGCCCGUGCCUGGAAACAUAACUCAAGAAACGUGGAUAAGCGAGCAUAUCAGAAGUAUGGCUACGGACAUAAAUACUCCCUGGAUGACUCUGAUGCAGGAUUACUGCGAGUGUGGUGAUAUGAGAGUGGAUCAGUCGACGACGACGAAUGCGUUGGUUUGUGUGGCACACUCCACUAAUCGUACCACCUCAUGCUCAGCAUUAGAAUACUCGUUACACAACCUCAACAGCGUAGUGGCAGACGUAUGUCUGAUUACCUCAUCAGAUUUAUUAGAUGCACUAGAUGCACUAGAUGCACUCACACCAGACACCCAAGAAACCCAAAAAAGCUGCCUGCGGAAACUAGCAAGAAUCAUCGCUCACUUUUACUCAAACCAUCGAGAUAUGUUUCUCGUAUGUGAGUCUGAGACGGGUCUUGCGCGGCGUAUUUCUCGCCUCGCUAAAAGGUAUAACAUCCUCCCGCCAUAUAUUCUUAUAUGGGAUGGCGAUAUGGAUGUAGAUUUGGAUAUGGAGAGAGAAAACGAGCUUGGCGAUGACUUGUGCGACUUGAAUGACUUUAAGCCACGUCGCACACCCGCUCAACCCUCCAGACAGCUCUUCGAUGUUGGUCCAGUGUCUGGUGAAGGCGAUGAUGAGGACAGCGAUGAUUAUAGCAGCGAUGAUGACUAG